AUGAGGUCGAGGCUUGUGAUGCUGGGUCCAUGUCCAGAAUGGGUGGAGUGGAGCGAAUGGAGCCGAUGUUCAGCGAGUUGUGGUGCAGGAAUGGCUAGACGGCAGAGAACCUGUCUUGGCGGUUUUGGAGACCACCUGUGUCCAGGACCUAAUAGUGAAGAACGAGUUUGUGAAGAGCUCCCGUGCUCCUUCUGGUCACCUUGGCAGGAGUGGAGCGGCUGCAGUAGUUCGUGUGGAGCUGGAAUGAAACGGCGACAGAGGGUGUGCCAGUAUGGGACGGAUUGCCAAGGACCAGAAGAGGAGACUGCUCCCUGUUACGGACCUGCAUGCGCAGCAUGGACGGAGUGGCAUGACUGGUCUGAGUGUUCAGCGCAAUGUGGGAAAGGUCAAAGAACGCGUACACGAGUUUGCCGUUCCGAUGAUGGUGCGGAGAGCCGCGAUUGCCCAGGACUCGGCCUCGAAACCACUCUCUGCGAGGGAGCGUCCUGUUGUCGAUGGUCGGAUUGGUGCCAUUGGACUAUGUGUGAUCGAGAAUGUGGUGGCGGACAAAGCCUUCGAACCAGAACAUGCCUCUCUGAACAUGGUACUCCUGACGACAGUUGUCGCUGUGAAGGCCACGAUCGUGAGCAGAAGGAAUGCAACACACAACCAUGUACACCACAAUGCUCCUGGACCCAGUGGUGUGAAUGGAGCGCCUGUAGCACUCCGAACGAGUGCGAAAUUGGGAUUAAGAACAGGUCGCGGCAGUGUGUUGGAGAACCAGGAUGUCACUGCUUUGGACCGGCCGAGGAAAGCCAACAGUGUCGAGGACCGAAUCCGUGUGAAACCAAAGCGCCAUGCUAG